GCCAAAUGUGUGUGGAAGCAUCCACCAGGUGAUGAGAUCUACAGGAAGGGGAACAUCUCUGUCUUUGAGGUGGACGGAAAGAAGAACAAGAUUUACUGUCAGAACUUGUGUCUGCUAGCAAAACUAUUCCUGGACCACAAAACACUGUAUUACGACGUGGAGCCCUUCCUCUUCUACGUCAUGACAGAAGCCGACAACACAGGAUGCCACCUAGUGGGUUACUUCUCUAAGGAGAAGAACUCCUUCUUGAACUAUAAUGUUUCCUGCAUCCUCACAAUGCCACAGUACAUGAGGCAAGGCUACGGAAAGAUGCUCAUUGACUUCAGCUACCUGUUAUCCAAGGUGGAGGAGAAGGUGGGCUCGCCUGAGCGCCCGCUGUCCGACCUGGGCCUCAUCAGCUACAGAAGUUACUGGAAAGACGUUCUGCUGCGUUACCUGAAUAAUUUUCAGGGAAAGGAGAUCUCUAUCAAAGAGAUCAGCCAAGAGACGGCCGUGAACCCAGUGGAUAUCGUCAGCACACUGCAGUCCCUUCAGAUGCUCAAAUACUGGAAAGGAAAGCACCUGGUUUUAAAGAGACAGGAUCUUAUUGAUGACUGGAAGGCAAAGGAGACCAAACGGGGAAAUGGAAGAACCAUCGACCCCGCAGCCUUAAAAUGGACCCCACCCAAAGGGACGUAAAGGAGCUUCCUUCUCUCUCCGCAUAGAAACGGAUCCUCCUUCGUACACUGGCAUGCUCACUGACCCUCAGUCUAAAUCCUCACAGCUGCACUUGAAUCAAAUCCUAAUCCAGUCUAACUAUUUUUCUGGGUUCAAACGGUUUCCAGGUUGAUUUACGUCAAAACAAAUAUGCCACCAUCUAAAUUUAAUAUUAUUAUAGGAUUGCCCACUAUUAUAUGGUACCAAUAUAAGCUAACUGACAUAAAAAACAAUCUGAUUGGACUAGGCUGUUAAAUUUAGGGCUUAUUCAAUAAUUAAUAUACGCAAAAACAAUCUUUAGCUUCCAAGCUUUUAAAACAGGGUUUGUAAAGUUUCACUCUUUUGUUUGUUCUAUAAAAACCACACGUUAAACGUUGGGAGAAGAGUUCAGAGUUUGGGAAUUUCCAUUUGUUAUUUGAGUUCACUGUCGUUUCAGAGCUUAGAAAAGCAUUCGUGCCCGCUAACUUUGACCUAUUUGACACUAUCAGAAGAGACGUCAGUCAGAUCUCCUUCGCCUAAAGGCUUAUGCAGCUUCUAACAGGUUCUCCUCAAUGGCUGCCUUGUCUUUAUCUCUGCCCUUCUUUUCCUUCACCCUCACCAGCUUUCCGGUCUGUUGAAGGAAAUAAUACCCACAGCAUCUCAUCAUUUAUUGUACGUUUAAUCAAAUUUGAAAAUAUAGUAGAGUAUUGAUAAUUUUUACAGUGUUUGCAUGUUGGCUGGGUGAAUCACCAGUUGAAGGACCUGCAGUGAAGCGUUAGCCCGGUCUUAGAUCUCGUUGACCCCAUUCGUUUUCUGAAAAGUGAAAAUAAUGGAGCGCUGCUCGUCCACUUUUCCGCCCCUCACUUCAUUAGUAACGGCAGGCACACCUGCUAAUCCAAUCAGUGACGGGCAGCAUUGAGCUGCAUUUGCCUCACGCUCUGUUGACCAGAUGUAACACCAGUCAGCAAGACGUUGACCUAUGAACACAUGUCCUGUCUGAUGCAAACCAGCUGGCCUGGAUGUGAAUUAGAAGGACACACCCUUAAAAUGUUCAUUUUGUUAAAUAAGUCCCGCAUUGAAAAUGUGGACUUGUCUGGAACUAAAUAAUUUAUUACUUACUUAUAAAUAAUGAAAGAAAGUUCAAGAUUUGAAUUAAACAAAUCCCUUUAUUAUAUAUUGAAGAAAAAAUGGGAGUAAACAUUCCCUACCUACCACUUAAUUUUAGUAGUUGAUUGUUAUAACUUAACAUCCUGCUAAGAUGGAAGAAAUAACUUUAAAAUGGCUGUUUGAACCCUUUGGCUUUUCUCCGCACUUCCAAAGCUGUUUGGUGUUUUCUGUUUAAUUUGAUGUCUCUGCAGUCAGUUUGCCAGGAAGCUCUCGCUUCACAGGCCGAGUUUAAAUUUCUCUGCUGUAAGUUAAGGAAUUUACCUGGAUGUGAUCUGAUCACCUUUUGCCUGUUUUUUGUUUGUUUGUUUUGCAUCACUUUUGAUGAUUGAAGUGUAGACAACUACACACAUGUUCUGCAUUCUUUACUUUUUAAAGUUCUCAGUUCAGAUUUAUACUUUUUCUACCUCUGAGGUUUUACUACUGUCUAACAGUUAUUGUAUUGUUUUCUUUUUACUCAGUGUUGACUUGGAAAUUUGUAGUUGUUUACCCAGCUGAUGUUUUCCUCCUUAUAUUGGUUUAAUCUCAUUUUUAUUCACAUUUUUUUCUUGUGUGGUAUUUAUAUUCAUUG